AUGCCUUUCCACAUGUGGAAACUUGGCUGUGCAUGUGCCGGGUGGGCCGCGUGGGUAAUAACCCUGGCCAUGGCAGACAAGUAUGACAAGUGCGUCUCGACAGCUUCCGGUGCUUGGGGCAGUGGCGACCAAGAUGCCUGCGAAGCUGAGAAGCCCCCGCAGAGUAGCGGUUUGCUGCAAAAACACACGCAGCAGUCGGCGGGCGAGUUCCUCAUCGAUGAUGGAGUCCAUGAGGAGUUGAAGGACUUCCUCGUGGAGCUUGCAGGAUGCUUGAACGAGUCGAUGACGCUUGCGAACCAGAGCGGGGACACUGAGCGGGCCAAGCAGCUCGAGACCAUCUUAGUGUAUGAGCUCACUGCGAAACAAGCCUCCCUUGGAACGCCAGUUGAUCCCGUGCUCCUCGAUGCCAUGAAGGAUGGUGCUGCUUCAGCGGCUCUGGCCAUAGUGAGCAAGGACUUUUGGGAGAUCUUGAUGGCCACCAUAAGCCGCAGGGACCUCACCGAUGCCGUCAUCAACGAGUUUACCACGGUCUUGGAGAACAUGGCCACAGCCUGCGGCGAUGGAGACGAGGCAGUUGAGAUCGCUGGGGACGAGAAGCAAUUGCUCACGCCAACAAAUGGCGGCAACAUCUCAGAGACGGCUUCCAAAGUUGCCAUUGAAAUUCCCAUGGUAGCAUGGGAGCUGUGUCAGUCCGAGGUGAUGGAAGUGGACUUUUUUGCAAAGCAUGGUGCAUUGCUGACCCAUACAGCAGAGUGCACGCCUCAGGUGUCUGCAGCCCUAAGCCAAAAGAGCCAGCAUCUUCGAGAGGAUAUGAACUAUCGUAUGAAGCAGCUCUUGGUCUUGCACUCCGACGAGAACCAACUGGGCCAUCAGCUGACGCAGCACAUGAAGCAGCACGGAGUGUUUGGGCACCUUGCGUCCCCAGCGGAGGACCUGCGGCGGGGCAUCCGCGGCGCCGCCGUUGCCGAGCUGUCGCCCAAGAAGCGUGCGCAGUUGGAGUAUUUGCAGACCAAGAAGUGGCAGACGACCCACGGGCUGUCCAGGCUGGAGCAGUGCGAAAAAAUGACCAAUGUGCCGGACUACAAGCACUGCUUCUGUGUGGAGGAGCAGCCCGAGUUGGUCUGCGAGGCAAAGCAUGCAGCUGAGUUGCAGCAUGCUUAUGCGGGAGCUUCCCAGAAGCUGCAGCAUGCUCAAGAGCAGCUCCUGCAAAGGAAGCGGACCCAGCUCCAUGCCAAUGAAAGCAAGAUCCUGCCAGGUCCUUGCGCUCCGCCCUUGUCAUGCUCGAUGUGCAGCGGAGGCGUUUGCCUUUCAGCCAGCGCCGACGUGGCUGACACUUUCAAGAGCAUUCAAACGAAACUCGUGAAAAGUUCCAGCUCGACAUGCUUCUCUGGCAGCUGUUCCAUUUCCUUUGGCUGGCCCAAGGGCACUUGCGAACUCACCUUCACGCUAACGUUGGGUGCCACCAUCACGAACUGCCAAAACGCUGGCAAUGUCUUGUCGAGCUUCCACAUACACUUCAGUGCCAGUAUGUGCCUGGGGGGUGCUGCAGGUGCGGCGGUCGCGCAAUUUGGCCAGGCCAUUGGCUGGAAUGGCUGCCAUACAAUUCUCAGCAUCAAGUAUUACCCCUUCAUCGGCAAGAUUUCAGCAAGCGGUGGCAUUCCGGUCUGGUUCCCAAACAUGCGGGCAGAACUGGCCAUAACAGUGCCAGUCCACGAUCUCACGGCGCCAGUGUGGUCUUGGAUCAACAGGGCCAUCACACAGGAGGAGCGCAAUGCCAAGUCGAUGACUUGCGUCCUUAUCAAUGACAUUUGCUUCGGCUCGAUGAGGAGCUGGUUUGCUUUCUGCACACUGGAGGCUAUGGUAAAUUGCCAAGCCCAGCUCAUAGAAGUAGACGCAGCAAUUCGGGCAGAAAGGCAUGGGGCCAUGCUUACCGCUCGAGGCUAUGCGGACAUUGACCUCAACGCCCAGACGCUUGUCCCGUGGCACGGGUGGUUCACGUUCCACAAUCUUGACCUGGUCUGA